AUGACCUUGACCAACGGGGCCCUAACACACAGAACCCCAGACUACAGCUGGGCGCCGCCUCUCGUCGAGCGACCUAUCGGAGAUGCGCGGCCGGUGCGCAUCCUCGGCGUUGGCGCCGGCUUCAGCGGCAUUGGCUUCGCAAUCCAGGUCGCGUCCAAGCUCCCCAACUCCACAAUCCAGAUCUACGAGAAGGCGGACCAGCUUGGCGGAGUCUGGCACGCGAACCGCUACCCCGGCGUCGCAUGCGAUAUUCCCGCCCACACAUACCAGUUCACCUUUUGCGAGAACACGCAGUGGUCUCGCUUCUACGCCCCCGGCGCCGAGAUCAAGGACUACCUCGACAAGGUCGCUGAUGAGUACGACGUCCGCCCCGUGAUCAAGCUGCGGCACGAGGUAAUCGAGUUGCGCUGGCAAGAGGAGAAGGGCGCAUGGCUCGCGCGCAUUCGCGAUCUCGAGUCGGGACAUGAGUUCACGGACGAGGCUGAGUUUAUCGCGUACGCCCCUGGUGGCCUGUCACGCCCGCAGUGGCCUGCCAUCCCUGGAAGGGAGGAGUACAAGGGCAUCAUCCGGCACUCUGGCACCUGGAACAUCGCCGCUGAAGAGGCGGCCGGCAUGGAUUACUCAGGCAAGAGCGUCGCCGUCAUCGGCGUGGGCAGCAGUGCCAUCCAGAUCGUCCCGAGUAUGCGUGAGCGAGGCGCCAAGAUCACCAACUUUGGACGCACGAAGACGUGGCUCGCGGGCGUGUUUGCCGAUGCGGCGCUCAAGGAGAUCGGCUCUAAGACGGAAGGCAGCAUGAAUCAUACCUUCACGCCCGAGGAGAAGGAGAAGUUCCGCGACCCGGAGUUCUAUGAAUCCUUCCGCUCAUUCAUCGAGCGCGACCGUGGCUCCGUGCAUGAGAUUACGCACCGCGACAGCCCUCUGCAGAAGGGGGCGCGCGAGGCGCUCUUCGCCCGCAUGCAGGCCAUGCUGGCCAGCAAGCCCGAGAUUGCGGCCACCCUCAUCCCCGACUUCCCCGUCGGGUGCAAGCGCCUGACGCCGGGACCGGGAUACCUCGAGGCACUGGUCAGUGACGACGUCUCGUUUGUCAAUGACGAGAUCGAGUGCUUCACCCCGACCGGACUGCGCGCGGGCGGCAAGGACUACGACUUUGACGUGAUCGUGUGCGCGACAGGAUUCGACGUCAGCCUCGUCCCGGGCUUCCCGAUCUACGGCGCUGGCGGCGUCAACCUCCAGGAUACGUGGGGUGAGGAGGUGCAGACGUACCUGUCCGUCAUGGUGCCCAAGAUGCCCAACUUCUUCCAGAUUCUUGGCGCCCAGGCUGGCGUCGGAUCAGGUAACCUCAUCGUGCUCUCGGAGGCGAUGGCGAAGUACGCUCUGCAGGCGAUCUCCAAGUGCCAGACGGAGGGAUACAAGUCGAUCACCGUCAAGGACGAGCCGGUCAAGUCCUUCAUGAAGUACACGGACGACUAUUUUGCGCGCACCGUCUUCACAACGAACUCAGGCAAAUCAUGGUACAAGAACGGCCAAACGGGUGCCGCGAAGAUCAGGACGCUCUGGCCCGGCUCAUCUCAGCAUGCCUUUGUCGCCUUACGCAAGCCGCGAUGGGAGGAUUUCGACUUCUCUCGCGCCGAGGGCUUCGACCACACGAUGGCCUGGCUGGGUAAUGGGCACAUCAGCCCAGACCUCGAUGCUGCUUUCUACUACCCUGAGCUCAGGAGUUAUCACGGCGUGAGUUUCGGAGAACGUCAUCCGCGAAACCUGUCUGAUGCUCUGACGGACAUUUGGCGGGCACCGAUGGCCGCGAGGGAGUACGAGAGGCCGAUCGCUGACGAUAUCUCAGGAGACGCAGAUCCUUGCGAACUGAGCUUGGGCGUCGUCAGCGGAACCCGACAACACAAGAGGGAGCGUAUCAAAAGUGGACAAAUGCGCCGAGAUAAGAGUUGCGAUUAG